AUGGGAAGAACCUUUGGAAAUAAGAAUUUGACUGAUAACGACAAAAGAGCCAUCGUUGUGGGUCGUCAAAAUGGACUGACCAUGAUGACGUUGGCAGGAAUGUUCGGCGUGACAAAGGCGGGCAUUUCUCAGUUCCUAAAGCGUCAGAAAGCUCAAGAUGGCUCUACUAACAGCCAACGCACUGGAAGACCACGUGUCACUGAUCGUAAUGACGAUAGGAACAUUUUGAAGACGUCUAGAACCAAUCCAAGACUCACCGCCCCUGCGAUCAGACGGGAAGUUUUCUUGAAUUCGCCAUCUCCGCCAUCCGUCUCGACCGUGAAACGACGUCUGAAUGCUGCUGGAAUCAUGGGAAGACGUCUAGUGAAGAAACCGCUGAUUUCUGAAAAGAAUCGAGCCGCCAGGGGUGAAGUGGGCGAAGGAGCAUCUCAACUGGACCCGUCAAGACUGGAACAAGAUUCUGUGGUCCGACGAAAGCAAGUUCCUCCUCUUCGGGGAGUGACGGAAUUCAGUGGGUUCGUAGACCAAUUGGGUCCAGAUAUCAUCCGAAAUACCAAUUACCCACCGUGAGACAUGGUGGAGGUUCUUGCAUGGUGUGGGGCGCCUUCUCUGGAAGUGGCAACGGACCGCUUCAUCGCGUGAACGGCAUCAUGGACAAGCACGUCUACAAAGACAUUCUUCAGAACCAGAUGUUGCCGCACUUGAGAGCCAUGGGCCGUGCGAGUGUUUAUCAACAGAAUAACGAUCCCAAGCACACUUCACUGUUCGUCAAGGUGAGAAAAAAAUUGACAAGUAAUUCGUAUGGUUUUGAAACUCAGGAUUGAUUCAAGAGCCGUCGGGUCAAUGUCAUGGGGUGGCCAAGUCAAUCUCCGGACCUGAACCCGAUCGAACAUCUCUGGGAAGAGUUGGAGCGACGUUGUGCCAACAAAAGAGCCAAGAAUUGCAACGAGAAGUUUGCUCAACUGCUGUCUGAAUGGAAUCAGAUCCCCAUGUCUACCAUCGACACUUUGCUCGAUUCUAUGCAGAGAAGAUGCCAGGCAGUGAUUGACGCCAGGGGCUUCGCAACCAAGUACUAG